AUGGCGACCAACGUCGAGAAGAAGGACGACGGCGCCAAGAAGAGCUCGGGCCUGCGGUCGACGCGCAAGCUCUUCGCCAGGUGGACGGGCCUGCGCCACGCGGUCAAGCGGACGACGAAGGCGCUCGUCGGCCCGCGGGAGCCCGCGCGCGAGCCGCCGCGCAUCCUCAUCGACUCGACCUACGCGAAGCGCACCUUCAAGAAAGCGGAGCUCGAGAAGCUCUUCGAAAAACGAAAAAAACGGGUCUACGACCUCGCGCCGGCGCCCGCGGACCUCGAAAAGGCCGUCCCCGACGACGUCGAGGCCGUCGGCGAGGACGCUACCGUGGUCAUCGACGCCGGCUCCUUCCUCACGCGCAUCGGCCUCACGGGCGAGGGCGAGCCGCGCAUGGUCGUCGCGUCCGUAGUCGGCUUCGCCGGCGGCCCGAAGACGCCCGACGCGCACGCCGCGGGCGCCGCCGGCGCGGCGGCCCACCCGGACUGCUACGUGCGGCCGCUCUACCGCAACGCCUACGCCGACUGGGACGCGGCGGAGAAGCUCUGGAGGCACGCGCUCUUCGCGACAGAGGCGUUCGACGUUUCGCCGGACCGGCCCGGCCCACCGGUCGUUUCCGACUCAGGCGCGGGCCGCGUCGUCAUCACGGUGCCCGUGCUCCAGCCCAAGGCGACGAUCCAGCGCAUGGUGGAGAUCGUCAUCGACGAGCUCGGCGCCGAGGAGUGCCACGUCGGCGUCGCUCCCGUGCUCGCGCUCUACGGCCAGGGCUACACGACCGGCCUCGUCCUCGACGUCGGCGCGCAGUCCGCGCGGGCCCUCCCCGUCAUCGACGGCUUCGCGACGCCCCACGCGCUCUGCGUCGACGCCGAGCUCUCCGGCGACCGGCUGAACGCCUACGCCGCGGACUUCCUGCGGGCCAGGGGCUGCGCCUUCGCGUCGAAUCGCGCCGCGAACGCCGCGGGCGAGGCGCUCAAGCGCACGCGCGGCGUCGUCGCCUGGAGCGACCGCGACCCCGUGACGGAAGCGACCUUCGAGGUCACGGCCGCGUGGACGGCCGAGCCCAAAACGAUCGCUUUAACGCCCGAGGACCGCAAGCUCCUCGGCGAGCCCCUCUUCAACCCGAAGAAGGUCGACAAGCAGGCCAAGACCAAGGGCCUCGCGGCCCUCAUCAAGCAGUCGAUCUACAAGUCCGAGGAGGACAUGCGCGUGACGCUCUGGGGCGGCGUCCUCCUCGUCGGCGGCGGCUCGAGCCUCAACGGCACGCCGGAGCGCCUCGAGGAGGACCUCUUCAUCAUCUCGCCGGACACCAUCGACGUCGCCGUGACGGCGUCGCCGGGGCGGGACGUCAUGGCCUGGCAGGGCGGCGCGUACCUCACGACGCUGCCCGAGUUCGAGAACAACUGGAUCCACGUCGAGGACCGCGAGGACCCGGAGCUCUUCAAGCAGCGCCUCAAGGACACGGAGUACAACUGUUAG